ACCACAAUGGGCUCUUUAUCUUCUAUUCAAACAAUGAGGCUAAACAUGAAUGGGUUCGUGGGGGAAUUGCCUUCAUCCUUGAAGAACUGUACAAGACUCGUAUACUUUAUGUUGUAGAAAAUAACUUAUCAGGUUUGAUACCUGAAUAGUUAGGGGUUGGACUUUCAAAUUUGGCUAUCCUUAUCCUGUGUUCUAAUUACUUCUAUGGAAGCAUUCCAUUACAAUUGUGUAAUAUGAGAGGCAUUCAAAUUCUGGAUUUCUCGAUGAAUAACAUCUCUGGAAGUAUACCCAAAUGCCUCAACAAUUUGACUAAUUUGGCUGUAAGAGGAAGUUCAAGACUAGCUAUCACUCAUACCUAUAAUGUAACCUCGAUUCACUUUUAUGAUUAUUAUGAUGACGAAGCAUCCUUGAUAUGGAAAGGCGUAACGUCCAAAUACAAAAGUACUCUGGGGCUUGCAAAGAGUAUUCAUCUGUCGAGUAACCGAUUAACGAGGGAGAUUCCUAGUAAAAUCACUGAUCUUGUGGGGUUAGUUUCUUUGAAUCUGUCGAGAAACAAUUUGACAGGCCAAAUAACUCCAGCAAUUAGGAAGUCAGCUUUGCUACAAUCCCUUGAUUUGUCAAGCAACCAAAUGUAUGGAAGAAUUCCAUCAAGUCUUCUUCAAAUUUAUGGUCUUGGAAGAUUGGACUUGUCAAACAACUUAUCUAGAAAAAUUCCAAUGGGGACUCAGCUCCAAAGCUAUGAUCCAUCUGAUUUUGCUUGGAAUCCUCUGCUUUGUGGAAUUCCACUUCAACAAUUGUGCUCUCCUAAGGAAACAAGUCCAGAUGAGCAACCAGUGUUCAGGGAUCAAGAAAAGGAUGGGCUUAUAACAUCAGGAUUUUAUGUGAGUUUAGCACUUGGAUUUGUUGUUGGAUUUUGGAGAGUUUGUGGGAGUUUGAUAUUCAUCAGGUCUUGGAGAUACAUAUACUACAAGUUCCUGAACUGUGUAUACAAUUGGCUUUAUGUGAAGAUAGCGUUGUUCAGGCGACGAAGAAUGAUUGAUGGAUAAACUCUCGUGCAUCUACCGUUCAUAAGUCAUGCUCCCUUUCAGCUGGAGAAGGAGGAGAUUGAAGAGUGCAAUUUGAAGUUAUGGUUUGGUCAAAGUGUUGUACUUGAUUUAGCGGCCUUCUUGUUUUUGUAAUGAAGUUAUUUAGAUUAUCACUUUUUACCAUGUGUAUCCUUUUAUCCUUUUCAAUAAACUUCCUUGAGAAACUUGCAAGAA